ACAUUACAAGAAAUCGGAGGGGUGCUUGCAUGUUACAUCAGAUUUUGUAUGAAUUCUCGCCAAAUGUUCAUUAAUAUGCUUAUUUCGUUAUACAUUUUUAUUAGAGAAACACUUAAAGUCAGGGUUGACUUUAAAUUUAACUAAAAGACAUCAUCUGAACUUCGCGAUCUGCUGUUAUGCCUAUAGAUCUUGGGGAAAAAAGAUCAGUGCAAUGUAUUAUUUAUUUACUAAGAUUGGGGCCGGACAUAUCGAGCGAAUACAUGAACAAAAGAUAAUCUGGUUGACAAUUCACUGUACCGUACAUUGAAUGGAUGUAUGGUCAUUUCGGUGCUCCAGUAUAGAAAAUACAUGUACUGUGGACCUUAAGAAUUUUCGUUCGUAUCUAUUUGCAUGUGAGCUCGGCAUGCUCUCUUGAUCAUUCGUUGAUCCCUAUAGCACUCCCAUCACUGUUCAUUACAUUGGAAGAGCAUACAGCGCAUGAUUGAUAUCUGCGAUUUAUAUAGCAGAACCUGAACUGAUAUUCUUUCAAGAUGCCUACCAAAGGAAAGAGGUGGUUGCUCGUAAAACACUUUGAUGGUUUCCCGAAGGAAAGUGACAUGAGGCUAGAAGAGUUUGAUCUACCAGAACUCAAAGAUGGGGAAAUAUUGAUGGAAGCCGAAUAUCUAUCGGUGGAUCCGUAUAUGAGACCUUACAGUGCCACAUCAUCAUUGAAUACUGUCAUGAUCGGGCAGCAAGUGGCAAAAGUCAUCGAGAGUCGUAAUGAAGAUUUCCCUGUAGGUACAUGGACUCUUCCAUUUACUGGUUGGACAACACAUUCUGCGAGCACUGGCAAGGAUCUUAUGAAAAUGCCUCCACUCCCUGAGGGAAUACCCCGUUCGUACACAAUUGGAUCACUGGGUAUGACAGGUGUUACAGCGUACUUUGGUCUUCUGGAUAUCACUGAUCCUAAGCCAGGAGAGACUGUCCUGGUUAGCGGAGCUGCAGGUGCUGUAGGGAAUGUUGUUGGACAAAUUGCCAAGAUCAAGGGAUGUCGAGUGAUCGGGUCUGCAGGAAGUGAAGAGAAGUUGGAGUAUCUGAAGGAACUUGGUUUUGAUGAAGUCUUCAACUACAAGACAACACCGAACCUUGAUGCUAAGCUCAAAGAACUAGCCCCGGACGGAAUUGAUGUAUAUUUUGACAAUGUUGGGGGCGAAUUUGCGACAACAGCAGUCCAAAAUAUGAAGAUCGGAGGACGCAUCUCAUGCUGCGGAUCUAUCUCAGCUUAUAAUCUCAAAGAAACACAGCUGUUGCCAGCCCUAUUUGGUGUGAUGGUCAGGAACCAUCUCAAGAUGCAGGGUUUUAAUGUGAUGCAAUAUAUCACCAGAUGGAAGGAAGCAGUCACCCAACUUGGCAAAUGGGUCGGUGAGGGUAAACUGAAAGUGAAGGAACACAGGACUGAUGGAAUAAAGAACAUGUUCAAGGCUUUCACUGAACUAUUCACUGGAGCUAACACAGGAAAGGCCAUCAUCAAGGCUUAGUUUGAUUUGCGAAAAUGAUACUCAUGCCAAGCUGCCACAUUAUUGACUCUAAACUGCCUUAACAGGACCGUAUUAGCUAAGUCUAAUCAGGACAUGAUAAUCAUGUUGGUUUGUUUUUUAUCAGGCUGCCAAGGAAGUGAGUGUAUUCUAGCACAAAAGGGAUAGAGUUUAGUUUGAGAACAUGAUGAUGAGGAUUUAUGCUUUUCAAAGGGCACUGCGCUGCAUACACCAUGAGCAGGUAUAUUUAGCAACAGGCCUAUAAAGGCCCAAGCAGAUCUACAUAGAUCUAUCUAGUCCUAUUCCUCCUUUUCCUCUAUUUGGUUAUUUGGUCUGAUUUGGACUACAUGUAUGACUACAAAUUUAGUGUUGCAUAAAACAAAAAUUCAAUGUUUUGUUAUUCGUGCAACCAUUCGAAUAUUACAUUGAAUUACACUUCAUGUCAUUGAAUAGACUCUUUAAACUUGCACGCUUAUGUGAUAUUCAGAACACAUGCUGCAUAAUAUAUUUAUAUCCAAUUCUUCGUAAAAUUUAUGAAUGAGAAAUAUAUAGAUCAUCAACAGUUUCCCCAUGAGAUGUUAAUAAUUAAUCUUCUUUACAUUAUGAAAUAGUGUAGUACCAAUAUUUACAUGCAGUUUUUUAUUCAUAUAAAUCAUCAUCAUUGUGGUCUCGUGAAUCAGUCUCUUGCCUUUCAAUCAAAAGGGACGUGGGUUUGAAUCCAAGCCAUGACAUUAUCUUUCAGCAAGAAAUUUAUUCACUCUCACUGCAUUUGACCAAGGUUUAGUAAAUAACUACAGCAGGAACAUCCUUAAAAUCCUUGUGUAGUGGAAGGGCUACUCCCAUAGUAAUAAUUACAAUUAGCACCUUAUCCAGUCUGUAUAGUGGAUUAGCUGCAUUAUCAUUAUUAUCACUCAAUAUCUUUCAAGUAUCAAGAAUGAUUAAUCAAUAAAAUUGCAAUAUCUUUAUUCCACAUGUACUUAACCAUUAUAUUAUUUAAUUAUCAAAUGUUUCUACAGAAUUAUAUGAUUGUACUAUAAUAGAGACUAAUAAAAGAACAUGAUUUCUACACAA